GAUACACACCAUGGAGAACAGGCAGUUUCUCUCUCCCUCUUUCUCUUUAAUUUUGCACACUUUUUCACAUUCACACCUUGUUACACCUUGGAGAAAAUGUCAAGGUCUCACUCGCACUCGAUCUUCCUGUACCGUUAACUCGCCAAAAUGUAACAGAUGUAACAGAACACACAGUUUUCCCUAACAUUAAGUUGGGCUUCUGUCAACAGGGCCUCAGUACAAGAAGAAAGAAGACGAGCAGACAUCACAACAAAAAGUGCUGUAGGAGAUGCGAGGUCAAAGGAUUGACGUAGAGCAGCUUCUCAGGCAGUCACAGACUGAACUGCUGUGGAUCCAGCGACAACUGUUAAUCAUAGCAGCAGGAGAUGCCAAACAUGCCCGAGCCCAAAAGAAGCUGAAGCAGGAAGCCCAGCCGUUGCACCUGGCCUCUCACGCAGCCCACCAUGUGAAUCGCUGCCACCUCCUAGAGGAAAAGAACAGAGCUCUUAAACUAGAGCUAGCCGCUCUCAGACAGCAGAAACGGCAGCACCGAUCUCUGGAGUCAGAGGUCAACGAGCGGAGGAAAAGGUGUCAGAUCCUUGAGAGAGAAGUGAAGAAUAAGACAUUAGAAUGUAAGACUUUGAAGAAUGAGCUUCAAGAUGCUUUGCUGGAGAGAAAACGGCUCAAUCGUGAGCUGUUUAGUCACAUCUUGAAGGCCACAGAGUACGAGAAGGUAAAGUCAGACUAUGAUCAGCUCAGAAAAGCUUUUGGUUGUGUGAGUCAAGAGAGAGACUCUGCCAGGCAGGAGAAGGCUCAGCUCCAAGACAAACUGGAGAAUCUUGAGCAGGUCCUGAAGCAUAUGCGAGAGGCUGCAGAUCGGCGGCAGCAACUGGAGGCAGAGCAUGAGCAGGCCUUGGCUUUCCUCAACUCCAGACAGCAGGAGAUCAACCUUCUGCAGAAGGUUCAGGCUGAAGCUGAAAAAGAGCAUGAAGAAGUGGUGCAUCUGCUAGAGAGCCAUAUGGACAAAAUGCAGGUCAAGGUUCAUGACUUAGAGCAGAAAUGCCGGACACAGAGUGAGCAGUGCAAUAUUUUGUCGAAAGAGCUGGAGAAAUAUCACCUGGGGUCAGACGCGGAGGAUACACUCAACACUGACUCACAGGAGAAAAACUUGUGCAACAGUUACAACAGCCUGCAGCGCCAGGCCAAAAAAAGUGAUGAGAGAUCUGACGGAUCUCCACUGGUCUCAGAACUGCCCAUAGUACAGCAACACAAGAGAGACAAGCCAGAGCAGCUGUCGGUCAAACCCACGGUCCAAACCCAGAAUCGCUCCAGCAGCCCUGUGCAAGCAUCUCUCUCAGAGAUGGACGAUGAGGUGAGCCCAGCUCCGAGGUCCAAGGCAAGAUACACAGGCCAGGUCCGUCUCUGCACUGCCCGAUACAGUUAUAAUCCCUAUGAUGGACCUAAUGAACAUCCAGAAGCAGAGCUCCCUCUUGUGGCAGGGAAGUAUUUGUACGUAUAUGGAGUCAUGGACGAUGAUGGAUUUUAUGAAGGAGAGCUAUUGGAUGGCCAGCGUGGCCUGGUUCCCUCUAAUUUUGUGGAGUUUGUCCAGGACAAGGAAAAGCCAUCUAUUGAGGGUGGAGAAGAGCAGGGCAGGCUGGAGCAGAGCUGUUUGAGCCUGAUGACCAUAGAUGGAGGCGCUCCUCUGGACAGCCUUAGCAGCGACACUCUCGGCCACUGCAGCAAUGGGACAGGCGCUCUGGAUGGAGAGGAGCUGAGUGAUGACAUCGUGCCUUACCCCAGGAAGAUCAACCUGAUUAAACAGCUGGCGAGAAGUGUGAUAGUGGCUUGGGAAGCACCUCUAGUGCCCCUUGGCUGGGGCAACAUCAACGGCUACAAUAUCUUAGUGGAUGGGGAAGUACGUUCCUCUGUGCCAUUUGGAGGCAGGACCAAACUGCUUCUCGAAAAGCUGGACCUGGCUGCCUGCACAUACCGCGUGUCAGUACAGAGCGUGACGGACAGGGGGCUCUCUGAUGAGUUGCGCUGCACCUUGCUGGUGGGCCGCAAUGUUGUGGUGGCACCCACCGGUCUGCGCAUGGAUGAUAUUUUGCGUGACUCUGCUGAACUUUCGUGGUUGCCCAGUAAUAGUAACUACGCCCAUGUUGUGUACUUAGAUGGUGUGGAGCAUGCUGUGGUGAAGCCGUGCUCUUACAAACUGCGUUUUGUGAACCUGAAGGCCGCCACAGUGUACAAAGUAAAAGUGUUGGCCAAACCUCACCAGGUGCCCUGGCACAUGCCUCUGGAACAGAGAGAGAAGAGAGAGGCUGGGGUGGAGUUCUGCACCCAAGCUGCAGGACCCCCUCUGCCUCCUCAAGAAGUCCAGGUCCAGUGUGGACAAGCCCCAGGAGUCCUCCAAGUUCGUUGGAAGCCACCUCCAAUGACACCCAUGGGAACCUCCAACGGUGCAAAUGUCAUUGGCUACGCAGUGUGCACUAAGGGUCAGAGGAUUGCUGAGGUGUUGUAUCCACUGGCAGACUAUGCGGCAGUAGAACUGAACCGUCUCCAGUGCUUAGAGGCCCGUGAGGUUAUUGUCAGGACUUUAUCAGCACAAGGGGAAUCUCAAGACUCCCAUGCCGCCGUCAUUCCAAACCACCUGCUGGUGCCUCUUCCUAAAACCCUUCCUCCUUCUCACCACAUGCAAUCACCUCUCCCACCACAACAGUCCCAACCAAUGCCUCGUCAUCCUCAAAUCCGGGCCCUUCCCCCUCACCCUGGACAACAACCACCCACCCAUCUCCAACCCCUCCCCGUUCGCCCCAACCAGCCCCCAUCUCAUCUCCAUCCCCACCAUAUGCCCCAUCCCACACAGCCCUCUCCACCCCACCUCCAGCCUUUACCACCACACCCCAUCCCUCAACCCCAGCCCACCAUCCCAAUGCCCCAGCCUCAGACGUCCAUGCCCAUGCCCCAACCCCAGCCCCAACCACCCAUGCCUAUGCCUCAGCCCCAACAGCCCAUGGCCAUGCCCCAACCCCAGCAGGCCAUCCCCAUGCUUCAACCCCAGCCAGCUAUCCCGAUGCCCCAGCCUCACAUUCCCCAACUGCCCCUUCCCCAAUCCCAAAGACCACUAAGUGCCAGAGAGCUGGAAACCAAAGAGCCAGGGCCAGGAAUGCUUCAUCAUGGAGGGGGCCCACCUCAGCCAUGGGAGCCUGGCUGCUCCCCAUCAGGCAUGCCCACAGGCCUGCCACAUGGACACACCCUGGAUGCCCCGGCCUGCCCAAACCACCGCUCCCCGUCACCUCAAAGGAUCCUCCCCCAGCCCAGGGGUACACUCAUUCCUGACACUGUGGCCAAGGCUAUUGCCAGAGAGGCAGCCCAAAGAGUGGCUGCAGAGAGUGGACGGAUGGAGAGGAGAAGCCAGGGCUUUCACUCUCAAAAUUCAGAUGAGGAAGAGGAUGAGGAAAGCUAUCAGGCCCGCAGAAGAGGAGCAUCUGUGGAUGACUUCCUCAGGGGCUCAGAGCUGGGCAGGCAGUCUCAUUACAGCCACAGCGAAGAGUAUCAUACAGAGAGCAGUCGAGGCUCGGACCUCUCGGACAUCAUGGAAGAGGACGAGGAGGAGUUGUAUUCUGAAAUGCAGCAUGAAGAAGGCAGGCGACGAAACUCCCACAAUGCACUCAAGACCGGAGGCAGCACUCCAUCUUCGAGUCAGCUGGAUCGGGAAUCAUACCGGAAGCCAUCUCACAGAGGUCCUCAACCUCAGCGCCGACCCCUCACGGUCCCAUCCAUUGGUCAGUGCUCUCCCAAUGGAUACAGGGACCGAAGCCGCCACUCUCCCCCGUACUAUGAUGAGUCUGAGCAGGAGGAUUCGUUUCGAAUCUUUGUGGCGCUCUUCGACUAUGACCCUCUCUCCAUGUCCCCUAACCCUGAUGCAGCUGAUGAGGAACUCCCUUUUAAAGAGGGACAGAUAAUAAAGGUAUAUGGGGAUAAGGAUAAUGAUGGCUUUUAUCGUGGGGAGAUCCGGGGCAGGUCUGGACUUAUUCCCUGUAACAUGGUGUCGGAAAUCCGUGCUGAGGAUGAUGAAACUAUGGAGCAGCUCAUGAAACAGGGAUUCCUCCCUCUCAACACUCCUGUAGACAGAAUAGAACAAAAUAGGAGAGGUCGCCACCCAGUGGCCACAAGACGAAUGGUUGCCCUGUAUGACUACGACCCCAGAGAGAGCUCACCAAACGUGGAUGUUGAGGCUGAACUGACAUUCUGUGCUGGUGAUAUCAUUGCUGUUUUUGGGGAUAUAGAUGAAGACGGCUUCUAUUAUGGUGAGCUUAAUGGACAUCGGGGCUUGGUUCCAUCCAAUUUUCUUGAAGAAGUGCCUGAUGACGUGGAGGUCUAUCUGACGGACACUCCUUCCCACCACGGUCAGGACGAGCCCAAUCCGGUACCGGCACCGCGCCCAGAGACCAAACGGGUGCCUGUGGAAAGUACAUUGCCAGCUCCUGCCUCUGGAAGACCCGCCUCUCCCACUGUGCGUCCUUUGCUUCCCGUUGGCCCAGUCAGGCCGCUGAGCCCUGCCAGGGGUCCACGGGACCUGGCAUCUAAAAAGAAAAAAGGACUGCUUUCUAAGGGGAAGAAACUACUCAAAAAGUUCUCAAAGUAAAAGUAUGAGAUUGAUUUCAAAUUCAUAUGGCUACAACAGCAUACAGAUUUCUCUCUCAAAAGGGAAAACACCAAUCCCCAGUGUUUCAGAAAAGUCUACAGUGAUUUUUUGUCACACACAAAAAAAAUAAAAAAUUCUAAACAGCUUUCACAUUAACAUGCCACGUGCAUAUUCUGAAAAAGAUAUUUUGAAAAUAUUCUGAAAUAUCCAGAUGAAAAGGAGCAUAUGUCAGUGAGCUUGCUAAUUGGUUGUCAGAAUGAAAGCAUCUAUUCAUACUGUGAUGUAGAGGACAAAGAGACAUUAUUAAUAUUUAAGGAAUUCCUUCAAUUAUAAUUUACAUAUUUCAAAUCAAAGUGCUGGAUUUUGAAUUAAAUAUUUAAUCUCAUAGAUUUUAAUGUUUGGUAUAGCACUUCGAGAUAAAAACAGUUCAAAAAGCACUUUAAAUAUGGUCUGACAUUGUCAGUCAAAUAGCAGUAAAUGAAAUAAAAAAAAAAAACUCCAGACCAUAUUAAGUGCAUUAGUCCGAAACAAAAAGGACCACAAUCAAAAGAAGUGUUUCCAUAGAAAGAUGCGCAAGGUGCAAAAUGGCAUAACUGACCAGAACAGUCUAUGAGCAAAUCCUUUUAAACAUUGCUGUGGCCUUCAUCUAAACUCAGUAAGUACAGUAUAUUACCUACAUCUGAUGUCUCUAUACAUCAGUCUUUGCCAAGUAUUCUCCCUUUUGCUUGCUCUAAGAUCUCCCUUUCCUGCGUUUAUCAUGAGAAUGACUUUGAAGUUAUAAAAAUACAAUGGAAAGUUUCUGUGUUUGCCUUUCAAUGCACAAUACGGUGUGUUUUGGUGAAUGGCUCGUGUGUGUGGGUGUUUGUGUGUGUGUGUGUAUGUGUGUGUGUCUCCCCUCUGCAUCCAUGUUCGUGCAAUCCCUUAAACCUGAAAAGGGACAAAUGUUGUUAUAAACUUUUGUGAUAAUGUGACGUGCUGCUAAUUACAAGUUGUUUCCUGUUCCUUUCUAAAGUCAAUAAGGGUGGUGUCAUCUUCAUAAGAAGAAAUAUUUAAGCAAAGAUGGUGUCUUGGUGUCUCCUCGAAUUUCACUUUCUAAGGGCCGGUUUACACAGAAUGCAUUUUUGCGAUGGGUUUUUAUCGUUUUUCGAUGGAAACAUGCGAAAGACUGACAUUUGACACUCUUUCUCAACAUUAUAGUUUGUUUUUAAAAAGCAAAUGUAGUUGGACUACACGCAUAGAAACACUGUGUUCUUUGCCAUUCCAUUUUAAACACAAGAGUGCAUUCUGUAUAAAUGGAUUUUCAUCCAAAAAUGAAAUUUCUGUCAUUAUUUAGGCUACCCACCCUAAUGUCAUUCCAAAACUUUCUUUAUUCUGUGGAACAUAAAAGAAGAUAUUUUGAGAAAUUUCUCUCCCUCUCUCUCUUCAGUCCAUACAAUGGAAAACAUUCUUCAAAAUAGGACCAUCUUUUAUGUUUUGCAGAAGAAAGAAGUCAUACAGGUUAGAACGACACUUUCAUUUUUGGGUGAACAACCCUUUUAACACCGGUUUACACGAAUGGGUCAUGGCUGGUUAUGAGAACAUCGUCUAUAGGCCUAAACAACAUAUCCUUGCUGCUGUUAUCAUUGGCUGUUUUUCCUGAGGUCUUUGCUUGCUACGGUAGAAUCAAAUCUCUUUGCUGAGGACUUUAUAAUACAUAUUCUCAGCUACCAAAAUACAGGUUAAGUAAUACCCUCAGGCAAAACUACCUAUGAUAGCUCAGUUGUCUCAAGCUAUAAUCUAGUAGUUUACAUUAAGGGCAAAAUCUCUUGCAUUAACACAAAACAUCUUGCCCCUGCAACUGGAAAUGCGAGGUUGAGCCAACAUUUGGUGGCAUCUCACAGUAAUGUGGCCAGUUGGAUUUAGAUUGCACUCUUGAAUGGUUUGAUCCAGGGUAAAUACUGUGUGUGUUUGAUUUUUUUUAUCUUUAAAAAAGAUUAUAAUAAAAGUAUACUAUAUUUAAUCAUUUUAAUUAAAAAUUAAGACAUUCAUUUGGGGUGAAUGGAGUUUAUUUGUUGUAGAGAAAAAACAUGGAGGGUUCUAAUAAUAAAAAAAAAUGGUUGGAUAGCCAAAAAGGAAUGUAUGAAAUGUUCAGCUGCCUGUAUAGCUUGCAACAUCAUUUUGCCAAAAGAAAAAUAAAAGAGAUUACAUAUAUUUUCAUUUAACAGAAAUAUCUCUAUUAUUAUCAUAAAUCCCAAGUGUUCGUUUGUGACUGGAUGUUAUAAGUGUUCAUUUCGCCGGUUACUCUUUUGUACACCAUUUGUAGAUAAUUUAUAAAUGUUUAUACUUAAUUUACAGAUUUUCAGACUUUUUUAGUGCUUUAAGAUUUAAUAUUCAACAGUGUAAGUGUUCUCCAUGGUGUCUUCAAGAAAAGAUGCUCAAGUCUGCAAUUCUGUGCUUGCUCUGUGAAUUAAAGAGAAAAAAGAACUUGUUGGUCUAUAUUUACUGAUAUGGACUAUUGUGCGGCUGUGCAUGUGUAGA